UCCCAUAAAAACCUAAACUUACAUUUCUUUUAGACGGGGUGAUUUCGCUUCAACCACUUGCUUCCUGAGAAAACGUCGCUCUGUGAUGACGACAAAGCGGAAAUUACGUGUCCAGCCGAGCGCCAUAAGCAUCACGUUUGUUUAUUUUUGUUGUUAUCGAUAAAGAUGUGAGUUUAUGUGUGUAUUACAUAAUGGCAACGCAAAGACGACGUAGUACGUGAAAUGGUUUAACCACGUAGGAAGCGCCAACCGAUUUUCAAUCUUGUCGACAAGGUUUCGAAAGUACUAAUCACUACAAAGAGUUGCGUGGUUGUGACAGACAAUGGGCCGACUGGAUGAUGCUGCCAAACACAAAGUAGUGGAGCUGCGGAAAGCUGGUCUGAGUUUCCGUAAGAUCAAAGCUGUGCUAGAGCUGGAGAACAUCAAGGUGUCUGCACAGGCCAUCUAUCUCUUCCUGCGGGAGUUCCAAGGAAGACCACCAGGGAGGGUCAGACCUGUAGAGGCUGGAAGCAGCACAACACCAGCACAGGUGCAGGCUCGAGGCAGGGCAAUACAAGAGGGCUGGAGUAACAUUCAUCUCCAGAACCUAAUACAGGAGGCAUCUCAUCAUGCUGGCUUUACAGCAGCUGCAGACUUUGCCUCCACACGCACAGAGACUAGUGCAAAGACAUCUGGGUCUGGGGAGACCAGUGGAGGCAGCAGGCCAGAACAGCAACAAGUGGGAGAUAAGGAAGAAAAUGACAUCCAGAUUAUUAGUGUCACCUCCCUUGCACAGAAAAGCCAACAAAGAGGCCCUGAAUCCACUGUAACAAGGGCAGAGACAGGCACUGUGUCUUCCACACUAACGGUUCCUGGAGCAUCCCUGAGGAGGAGAGUAACACCUUCUCCAGCCACCAAUUCAAUGUUGGCAGCUCGAAAAAGGCUUUUGGAUAAAGCACUGUCACACAGGAUGAAGUCAUUCCACCAGGUGGCAUCAUUGUUGAGGAGAGAUCAUUCAAAUGUCCAAGGUGCUGAUUUGAGAAGUGCAAUGUCUCAGUCGUCUGAAACUUACGAUUUGACAACUGAAAAGACUGUUAUGGAGAGUCAGCCUGGGGUAGGCUGUGCCCCUAGGCGUUUCCUGACACAGAGACCAGGUACGUCUGUCCAUGUUGUUCACCCUCCUCCUCGGGUUGGUAUUCGUCUUCCUAACCGGCCACCUGCACCAUUAACAUCCUCAGCUCCUGGGGGUGUUGUCAUCCGCCUACAGACCCCUGGAGGCCAAGGUGCUACUCGUAGCGAGGGGAACCUGAGUCCCCAGCAGGCAGUGCAGGCCAGUGGAGGGAGAAGUUGUCUGCAGGAUCAAAUUCAGACCUUGGGCUCUGAAGUGCGCGGCUUGGGUCUGGCAGUGAAGAUGCUGGUGGAGCAACAGUGUCGCCUGGAGAGGGAGCAGGCACAGCAGACACACAUUCAGAAGCAAAUCCUCAGCACUCUACAGAGCCUUGCCUCCAAACUGGGACAUUGUAGCAGUGCUCAACAGCAGCACAACAAAACUCCGUCACCCUCUGCUUUGAUAACAGCUUCUGUGUCUACUUCCUUCAGUCAAGACACUUUCAACUUUAGUCAAGGCUCCUACACUCAAUGCAGCCAAACCCAGCCAAGCUAUAGCUCUUUAGAGAGUUUAGAAAAUGUAGAAGCCUUUAAACUUCCAGGACUGAGCACUACAAGCAUAAAUGGGUUCCAGCCAUGUAGCAAUGCUGAGAACCUCCCACUUAUUCACACUCCCCCUCAAGCACAACCGUAUGCAGCUGCAUAUCCACAGCAAACCAGUCAACCACUCAUACCACCCUACACACAAUCCUACAUCUCUCCAUAUAGCCAGUCACAUUCUCAGACUUUCAGAGGAUCAGAGAGCAAAACUUCUGAUUUCUCAAGUAGCUGCUCAGCAAGGUCUCUCCAGGACUGCAGUGUGUCUGCUCAGCCAGCGAUGAAUUCCGACCUCUCUUCACAGGAUCCACAGAUCAAUAUUAUCAAAGUGGAAGGACCUUAGAGGACUUCAGUUUCAACACUGUGUUUUGGGACCAUGAGGGCUCUGACAUGCUUUUUUUUUGAGUCACUUUACUAUAGUUAUGUAAGGCACAUGUUUUUGCAGUUAACAUAUUUUGUAGCAUUUUUCAAACUGAUUUAAAUCAUUUUAUGUACAUUUUAAGAUAAACAGAAAUUGAAUAAAGGGUUUACAGUCUUUCAGUAAAACUGUGAUCACAAUUUGUCUUUACCACAUGAAAUUAACAUGUUGUAUGUCUUUCUUGGUCUUUCUUGUGAAAACCCUUUUUAUUUUGUAUCACAGCAUUACAAAGUUUUCAUGCCUCAGUAUUAACUGUUAAAAAAAGAAUAAAGAGCUGGUUAUGAUCCAGAGUAUUUUACCGUUUCAGUGUUUAACAGGGCUGAAGCCAAUACCAGCCAAAAGGCAGGGUACACGCUGGACAGGGCUGAUACACAAACACUCCUACAGACAAUUUAGAGUUACCAUUUAACCUAACCUGCAUAUCUUUGGACAGUGGGAGGAAGCUAGAGCACCCAGAGAACACCCCCAGAGACACAGGGAGAGAACCUCCACACAGAACCACCCCAGUCAGGAUUUGCUCUUUGCUUGGAGACAACAGAGCUAACCACUGUCCCACUGUGCUGCCCAAUGCUACUUCUAUUAUUGUAAAUAUCUUCUGUGACUAGUUAUUCAGGAAUAAUUGACACUUGAAGUAAAAAUGAAUUGAAAUCACAUUUAAAU